CGCCCGCGCGUCCCCGUGGCCUCGUGGGUUGUGUCUCCACUUCGCCCGGCGUUCUCCCCCUCUCCCCCAGGGCUUUCUCCCGGGCCUGCGGAUCCGAGGAUGCCCUGGGUGUUUGGGGAAACUUUGGGCCAGUGAGAAAGCAGAGGAGGAGGCUGGCGCCUGGCCCUCGGCCCAGCGGGGCGCGCAGAGGGCGGCCGCCGGCAGGGCCCGGGCUCCCGAGACCGGGGCACUGCGGUGGCACGACGCGGUCCACCGGCUCCCACGGCCCCCACGCCCCCGGGGUGGGGACCCAACUCCCGGCUUAGGGACCCGCUCCUGAGCGGUGCGCGGUCUUCUCUCGCGUGUUUUGUGCAACAAAAAUGAGAACUUUUAAGCAAGGGAGAGCAAAACCUCUAAGAAAAGUUGGGAGAGAGGGACUCUUGAGAUGGAGGCCGAUAAUCUUAAACACAGUGCGCGGAGUUUUCUUUCUAGUAAUGCUGGCUUUGGAGCAACUUUUAAUUAAGAAAGCUUGUGUGGACAGUCUACUUCCCAGCCCCUUGAGGACCCCACAGAACACCAAGACUUCUUCAGAGACCUCAUAUCAAGACGAGAUUUUAAAAGCGUUUGUACAAGAUUCCGAACGUGAAGACCUGAGCUGUGUGCGCGCCCUCCUGGUGAAGGAGAGACCGAGGAUUUCCGGUCGCCACUGUCAGGCAGUAGCUGGGGCUAGCUGUCCGCUUGACACCUGGUGAAGUGGCGCUUUCAGGGAGAGAAAUAUUUAAAGCUGACACCUGUCACCAAAACAUAUGGUGCAGAUUUUCAAAGAGAAGCUAGAACUAAUGGUGAAGUACAGUGCUUAAAUCUGGUAAAAAGAAAAUGCCGAGGAGCUAAAUUUCAUAAGCUAGGCUUUCCAGGAGCAACAAAAUGAAGCCCGAAUUAUUGUUUUUAAAAGUCAUAUUGUAAUAAGACAGCAAAGUUGGUGGUGAGUAGGAAAACCUGAAAGAUGGAUAUUUUCAUUAUUUCUCUUCUGUUUUUCCACGGACCCUAUAGGUGUCUUUGAUUCUGUUAGUAUGUUGUUGUCCUUUAGUGGGUGAACACGGUUGCUGUGACCCUCCAGGAAUUGGAAAUCGGAAAUGCCAGGUGGUAAGAGAGGCACUGAGAGGAAGGCGAGUAGCGGGCGCUGCUGCCAGUGUUUGUGGAUCCGAUGCCAUGCCUCUGCCCGCGUGUCUACCAGCUGACCCCUGGUCCCCAAGCGCCCCCCCCCCCCCAAGGCCCAGCAGCGGCGGGCGGGCGGGGAACCCUGCUGCACUGGAGAUGGUUGCCCGGGAGCGCGGGUACACAGAACGGUCCCUAGGGACGAGGAGGGGUGGCGGCGAGCGGGGCGCCAUGAGCCGGCGGCAGGUGUUACAAGUGUUCGAGAUGUACCAGAAUGCCCGGACCCAGUUCGUACAGACGGUGGCGGAGCAGGCGACCCGGCCUCAGAACAUCGAGACUCUGCAGAAUGCGGGUGUGAUGUCCUUGCUGCGGCCUCUCCUUCUGGACGUGGUCCCAACGAUUCAACAGACUGCAGCCUUGGCUCUGGGGAGGCUGGCCAACUACAACGAUGACCUAGCAGGCGCGGUGGUGAAGGGCGACAUUCUCCCGCAGCUUGUGUACUCGCUGGCCGAGCAGAACUGUGUCUACAAGAAAGCGGCUGCCUUUGUGUUGCGAGCAGUUGGCAAACACUCUCCUCAGCUGGCGCAGGCCAUAGUUGACUGUGGUGCCCUGGACUCACUAGUGACAUGCUUGGAAGAUUUUGACCCUGGAGUCAAGGAAGCCGCGGCCUGGGCACUUGCAUACAUCGCACGGCACAAUGCAGAACUGUCACAAGCUGUGGUGGAUGCAGGAGCUGUUCCUCUUUUAGUUCUCUGUAUUCAAGAGCCAGAAAUUGCUUUGAAAAGGAUUGCUGCCUCGGCCCUCAGUGAUAUUUCAAAGCAUUCCCCAGAGCUGGCGCAGAUGGUGGUGGACAUGGGGGCUAUUGCUCACUUAGCGCAGAUGAUCCUCAACCCUGACGAGAAACUGAAGCAACAGGUCCUCUCAGCUCUGAGUCAUAUUGCUAAGCACUCUGUGGAUCUGGCGGAGAUGGUUGUUGAAGCGGAGAUUUUCCCAGUUGUGCUUACAUGUCUGAAGGAGAAGGAUGAAUACGUGAAGAAAAACGCUUGCACUUUAAUUAGAGAGAUUGCGAAGCAUACACCCGAGCUUUCACAGCUGAUUGUUAACGCCGGGGCCGUGGCCGCAGUGAUCGAUUGCAUUGGGUCCUGCAGAGGGAACGUCAGGCUGCCGGGCAUCAUGAUGCUGGGGUACGUGGCCGCUCAUUCCGAGAACCUGGCCAUGGCCGUGAUCAUCUCCAAGGGUGUCCCCCCGUUGUCGGCCUGCCUGUCGGAAGACCUGGAGGAUCAUAUUAAGGCUGCGGCUGCCUGGGCCCUUGGACAGGUGGGGAGGCACACCCCCGAGCACGCCCGGGCUGUCGCCAUCACGAACGUCUUGCCAGUGCUGCUGGCCUUGUACAUGUCCACAGAGAGCUCCGAGGACCUGCAGAUGAAAAGUAAAAAGGCCAUAAAGAAUAUCAUACAAAAAUGCACGUACCUCCCCGCCCUCGAGCCGUUCCUUUACGACGCGCCUCCCAAUAUCCUGAAGUACGUGGCUGGACAGUUUAGUAAGGUGCUGCGACACGACAGCAAAGCUCGGCGGCUUUUUGUAACGAGUGGUGGACUUAAGAAGAUCCAAGAGAUAAAAGCAGAGCCUGGUUCUCUCCUCCAGGAAUACAUCAACAGUAUCAACAACUGUUACCCAGAGGAAGUAGUAAGGUACUAUACCCCUGGAUACUCAGAAACGCUUCUGCAGAGGGUGGACAGCUACCAGCCGCUUGCUAACUGAAAAAAGCAUAUUUUUAUACUCAGAGUCACGGGAGAGUAAGAAUAACAGUUGUUUCUAAGAUGUUUGCACUAAGUAAUUCUCCUCUUGUUCAAUGUGAAAUGCCUUUAGUGUUUUCUGUAUUUAUUAAUACUCUAUAAACUAUUAGCUACAAUGCAUGAAAAGACUAGUCAAUCAUUUGCAUAAAGGUAGAUUUAAAGGCAGGACAGGCUUUAAGGUAUUUGUUUUUUUCUAUAAACUCACAAACAUAACACAACACACAUAUCCUCCCAAGGAGAUACAAAUGAGACAUGCUGUUUGAAAAGCCUUAGUUACUUCCUCAUGGACUGGCUAGGAAAACUCACCUUGCCAGUUACACAGAGACAGGAAACGGAAUCUGGAAAGGGGAAAAUGAUGGUAGGAAUGCAGCCCUAAAAAAGAGUCCUGGUUUACCUAAGUGCACAGAAGACAGCACAGGAGCUCUCCAGGGGCCUGCCUGGUUUCUUAAGAAUUUAGGAAAGCCCCUCCCCCCUUUUAUUCUGGUUUUGAAACUAUUUUCUUCUCACCCUAUAUGAAGCGUUUGUUUCUUAGCUGUCAUGCUGUGCAUUCCCUCUGAGAACUCUUACUGUGAUUCCUCUUCAAGGCUCAAGACACAGAAGCUUUGUUGUUAGGGUUCCCUUGUCCCAGGAUCAGUUUACAACUUUCAGAAUUCACAUAUUCAGGCUUUAAGAUACAUCGGCACAGAAUAGCAGAAGACUCAGACCUAGUGCAUUUCAGUUAGGAAGCUGUAAUGGGGUCAAAGUAGAUUCCAACAAAACACUAAAAAUGGUAUUGCUUUUUUUAAUUUUUUUUAUUUUUUUUAUUUUUUUUUAU